UCCAUAGCACGCACGUCUCCCCUCGCUCUUCAGUCAUAAUCAUCGAGCCACAGAGCAAACCUCAUUUAUCAAGAUACCAACACAUUCGUCUCUCUCUGUCUCUCUCUCGCGAGCUCGCGCGCACGCCAGAGCAAUGAAGAAUUUUAUUCUCGCUGCGACUCUCUUCGCCUUGAUAGCUCUUGAUUUAUUAAGUUGCUCGACUGCUCUGAAGGAGGGACAAACGUGCGUAGCAGACAGAAACUGUGACUCAGGCUUACAUUGCGAGACGUGUGUCGCAAACGGAAACGUAAGGCCAAGAUGCACUCGGAUCCAACCUGUUAGUCCAUCUUCGAAGGUGAAGGGGCUGCCGUAUAAUCGGUACUCGUGGCUGACAACGCACAACGCGUUUGCGAUGCUGGGACAGAAGUCGGCUACGGGCUCUGUGAUUGUUUCUCCCACGAACCAGCAGGACUCCAUUACCAGUCAGCUGAAAAAUGGUGUUCGAGGGUUAAUGCUCGAUAUGUAUGAUUUCAACAAUGACAUCUGGUUAUGUCACUCUUUCGGUGGCCAGUGCUACAACUAUACAGCCUUUGUAAGUGUGCAGGAAUUGGUCUCUGGGAACCACAUGAGUGUUGGGGAAAUCAACACAGCGGAAGGGAUAAAAGCGCAACCAGCCGUUAAUGUUCUCAGAGAGAUCCAAGAUUUUCUUGCGGCAAACCCAACAGAGAUCAUCGCCAUUUUCAUUGAAGACUACGUAACAUCACCAAAAGGCCUCACUAAGGUCUUUGAUGCUGCUGGCUUGAGGAAAUACUGGUUUCCUAUAACUAGAAUGCCCACAAAUGGAAAAGAUUGGCCAACAGUAGACGAUAUGGUCGAGAAAAAUCAGCGUCUAGUGGUUUUCACUUCGAAAGCAUCUAAGGAAUCUUCUGAAGGGAUUGCGUAUGAGUGGAAAUACGUGGUAGAAAACCAAUAUGGGAAUGGUGGGAUGAAAGCUGGUUCAUGCCCAAAUCGAGCAGAAUCAUCUGCCAUGAACACAUCAUCAAGGUCACUGGUCCUAGUAAACUAUUUUCGAGACGUUCCGGAUGUAACUCAAUCUUGCAAGGAUAAUUCAGCUCCAUUACUUAGCAUGCUGAACACCUGCACUACAGCGUCAGGGAAACGAUGGCCUAACUUCAUUGCCAUUGAUUUUUACAAGAGGAGUGAUGGUGGGGGCGCCGCAGAAGCUGCAGAUGUAGUAAAUGGUCAUUUAGCUUGUGGGUGUGGAAAUAUUGCCUAUUGCAAGGCAAAUAUGAGUUUUGGAGUAUGCGACAUUCCUGAGGCCCGUGUUACCCCUGCACCAGCAGCACUGCCGGAGGGCUCAAGCUUUGGUUAUUCGAACAUCAAAGCAGUUCAAUUGCAAUGGACGUUAGGAACAGCUUUUGCAGCCCUUCUGUUCUCAUUUUGAAUUUUGAUGAUUUACCACCCGUGCUCAUUUUCUGCAUUAAUGACAUGGAAAAUACAAGGAAUCUAACCAAAAGAUAACAAACCCAUUUGGAAAAUUGUCGAAUAGUACUCAUGUGAUCACCAAGAAAAAGAAAAGCUGGCGUAUUUGUUUUGUUUUGUUAUUACAACUUUGUCAGACUGGACGCUGUCAUGCACGCAGACCUGUUCAAAUGCGGUGGUUGUCUCGGUGGCCUUUUUUUGUUGUAGUUUUUAAAUGCGAAUCUGCUCGAGGUAUUGUUUUCUUUUGGCUUUUCAGUGUAACAGUUGGAAAAUAUCUUUUUUCAAAAUCAAAAUAGUACACGACUUGUUUUGAUGGGCA